AUGGUGGCCUUAGAGGACCUCGCAGACGAUUCUCAAAAUUGGCCAUACUACAUGUACGACAACGACGACGACGGCGCGUCGAAGGCGCAGUCAAGGUCACCGCUGCCGCCGCCGGGGCAUGCGGCCGGCGGAACCCUGGCCGUAGACCAAGCUCUUUCGUCGAAGAACGGCACCGGCCGGUCGGGAGCGGCGGCGGCGGCGGCGAUAGCGGCGGGGUUCCUGCACGGGCGCGAGCAGGCCGCUCGGCAAGGGGUCCGGCCCGUGAGGACUUGCUGCCUACGGCGGUGUAGCAAGAAGUGGCCGCUCGAGAAGCUUGCGCAGGCCCGAAGCGGGGUCCCCAUCGGCGUUUCUUCCAUCCGCGGGCCCCCUCUUCCUGAUGGCGACGGCGGCGGCGGCGGGGGGUCGGGGGGCGGGGAUGACGGAGGCGGCAUCACGGUUUGCGCAGCGCUGAGGAAGGCCUACCUCAAGGGCUGCUUCUCGAGGGACGGCGGUCUGUUCUACAUCACCGGGGGGCGGAGUUCCCUGCCGGUGUGCCCCCUGUUCUUCAGCGCCGUCACCGGGAUUCCGGCGGGUGUGGUAGAGUCGGCCGUACAGGAGUUCCUCCAAGGGACCAAGAGGCGGUCUUACUCACGAGCACCAAGGGCAUCAUCGAUCGCUAAUAUAUCCGCUAGGCUGGCGCCGUCACCUUCGCCAGGUUCGAGGGAACCAGUGCCGGACGGCUGGCGGUACAGUACGGCGACGGAGCGAUGUUACAGCAGGACGGCCGAACCAUGGGGCGGCAUCGGGGCCGACUACUCCAACCACCAGUUGCCGUGCGAGUCAUCCAAGGUCAUCCAAGCGUUCAUCACGGACCUGGCGAGCCACUGGCAGCCGCUAGGGGAAAGCAACCGGGUAGAGAUGUCAUACCCUUCGAGAAAGGCCAUUUACGACCUCUUCGCCCGUGAUUGGGAGAGGCAGCGCCAGGACGGCGUGGCGGAGCAACCCAAGAACUUGAGGCGUUGGACCCCGACCCCCAGCUACGGUGUUUUUGUGGCGACGUGGGACAGGUGGUGUGGGCAUGUCGGCUUGAAGCAGUCCGGAAACCAUCAGCACGAGCAGGAGCAUCAGCAGUACCACCACCGGCACCACCACCAGGAGCAUCAGCAGCUUCUGCAGCAGCAACAUCCACAGCAGCAGCAGCAUCAUCAUCAUCAGCAAGAUCGCUGCUAGCAAGUAACUCUGUCCGGUCCCAAGAAGAGCCUUAAAACGUGUAGAAUGUACACUAGUAGUUAUUUCUUUUUUGUGGGUUGCAGUAAGAGUGCCUACGGACUAAUCCCGCCCCCGCCGCUCCCUCCAGCAACGACGGAGGGUCUGGUCUACAAGACUGCUGCUGCUGCUGCUGGUGGUGGUACUGCUGCACCGACGGCUGCCGCUGUUGUCGGUGGAGCCGCCGCCGAGGUUGAAGCUAGCGAAGCGCCAAAGCCUCUAGCGGUGCCUCUGCUCCCGGCCGAGCUACAGGUGGACCUGACACCAUCUAAGUCGCCAUGAACCUCUGUUGCUAGGGUCUGGACCGCGGGUGCGAAGGACUAUGCGUGCACAGCGCCAAGAGGGUUAGUUCUGCUUGGCCGAUGAGGUAGAUGCAGUCGCCGUGGCAGUGAACGGUUGCUUUGACACCAAGUCGUUGUCACGUCACGUGGUAUCCGCAGAUUCAUGACAGAGGGUGACAUGUCCGACCGUGUCUCCAGGGGAACACCUUUCCGGUACGGGGCAUCCGAUUAGUUCUUAGGAAAUUCGUUUUUUUAGAGUCAGUUUUUUUUUUUUUUUGUAUUUUUUAGUUUGCACCUGUUGCCGAGGGGAUCGAUUCGUUCUUCCUGCUGAGGAUCCUCUCUCGCCACAUCUACUGCUUUAGGUUGCUAGAAAUUGAUGAUCUCACAGAGAGACUGCCCGUUCGAGAUAUAACCAUAGCCGAAAGGGAUGUGCUGAAGUCUUUUCAGUGAGUGGAGGGAAACCGGCUGGAAAGGUUUCCGUUGCGCAGUACACGCUUAAGGUGUACCGUUGCCAGUAAAGGGUAUGGGUCUUGCGUCUUCGUUUUGCAAUUUUUUCCUGGUGGGUGCAAUGCCUCACCAAUCACCUCUUAAUUCGUACGCCCACGUUGUUGAUGCUUUGUGUUGUGUGGGCACGCUAGAACCUCUGUGCUUAUUUGUUGUGGGCGGUACGGGACCUCGGAGCGGGUACUUCGCCUUUGAUAGGGCUUGCAAGCCCUGGAUUUGUGUUGAGUGCUGCUCCUUUUCAUGCACCCGUAUCCGGGCCAUGGUGCACGCAUGCGUGCCUGCAUGGAACCUCAUACCGCUAAUCGUAUAUACUUUUCGUUUGUUCAUAGUGGAUUUGUCUGAGUUUUGGUUGGCCGUUGUUGGUUGAUCAUGCCUGUGCGUUGUAGGCGUCCUGUGGUGUUGGAUUUUGUGUCGUUAGACCUCUCUUUUAUGCUUCGCACGGUGCGGUACGAGGCUGUCAUGCAGUUUGGUGUUUCGCCGAUCUGUUGGCGGUCUUUUGGUGUUGUUGCGGCGAUGCCGAGCUAAAGGAAGCAACUUCGAUUUGGAAGAGUUGCAUCGAACGCGCUAAGCCGUGAGUGUGUGUGUUGCACUCUGUUCUGAAUAAUAUUUGGACCAUCGGAAUACUACAUAGCAUGAUUGUCUCGAUGGCCCCUAUUUUUCCGAACAUUUACAGUUCAGGCGGCACGGUAGGGCGAAGGUUGUCUUGCAUGCGGUGUGAACUAUCUACUGAUGAUGUACUCUCCUGCAGAUUGUGCAUAAUAUGGUGGCGAGCGGUGCGGGUCCCUCUUUCGCUUGUAAUCUGUAAGAGUGAUAGUAUGUUCCGUGAUAUGGCCAAAGCCACGCUCCUAAUGUACUACUUGUAAGCCCAUAAGGCCGUGUUCACCCUGUAAUAGUUUGGAUUCACGACGCUUGCACACGUCACGUCCGUUUUUUCUCCGUUGCCUGGAUGUUGCGCGUUGUGGU